AAAUAGCUAAAAGUGGAAUUUUGCCUAAUCUGCUGGCGAGGCUCUAUGCUUUCUAAAGAUACAGAACAUAAAGCACAGGUCAUGAAUUGAAUCGUGGUUUUUCCUUCUUAUCCAUGUAUAUGAUUUAUGUGAAAUUGGCUAGUCGCAGCUUCAAAUGUUGAUGUAAUUUCAAAUUUGGUGCUUUUCUCUUUAGAGCAUUGAACUUCGGUUUACUUGCUUUUUGUUUAAUUUCAGAAAGCAUUUGUCAUACACUGGGUGCAAUUAGAUCAAUUUUCUUCUGUUGAGGAGGCGUUUAAUGAUGGGAUGAACCGGUUGAACACCUUGGUCUCUAGAGUGCCUGAUGAUAUAGUUCCUUUAGGUGCAGGUUCAAUUAGAUUAUGUACGAACCUUUUUGGCCCAUCCUUGAAGGAAUCAACCAUAACGAGUGAAGCAUACAAGGAGGCAGUGUUGCAAGCUAAAGAACACAUAUUGGCUGGUGAUAUUUUCCAGAUUUUAUUAAGUCAGUGAUUUGAACGGAGGACUUUUGCAGACCCUUUUGAGGUCUACGGGGCAUUGAGAUUUGUUAAUCCAAGUCCAUAUAUGACUUAUUUGCAGGCUAGAGGGUGUAUUUUGCUUGCUUCAAGUCCAGAAAUACUUGCUUGCGCGAAGAAGGUCACUGGUGAGUCGCUUGAUCAUUUAACUAGCUGGGAUGCUCUGCAUGCUGCACUGCCAGUUGGAACAGUUAGUGGGGUUCCAAAGGGGCGGUAUACGCUUAUCGGAGCUCAGCUGGCCGUAGAGUUUGUGGCAAAAGAAAACUUCGUUACCGUUAUCGAUGGGUGGGAAGGGAGUAGAAGAGAGGAGUUUGUGGAGGAUCCCAUGUGUCUUCUCAAGCGUAUGAUGGAGAAGUGGAAGCCCCAACCAAAGGUUGAGCUUCCUGAUACAUUUUGUGGUGGGUGGUUUGGAUACUUCUACGACACCUUUCGUUAUGUGGAGAAGAAGUUGCCAUUCUCUAGUGCUCCGAUGCCUCCCAGAUAUUGACGUUUGCCUUUAUGACGACGUGAUUGUGUUCGAUCACGUAGAGCAGGUUAGGGUCCUUAUUUUUUUUUUUAUAUCAAUUUCACUUGUUUGAUGCUUUAUUUGGUUGACACGAUUUUGAAUCUGUGAUUGUUUCCACCUUGAAAUGAUAGUUUUUGUGUAUUUGAACUGCUUUUUUAAAGUGCCUAAAUCUGUACGCAAGGUUUAUUAGUAAAAAAUUAGUUCUUCGUUAUUCCAAAAGUAUGGUGGUUCAGAAAACAUUAGGCAUAAUAGAAGAGCUUGGAUGAUUCAGAUGGCUUUUCUUCACUAUUAGAUCCAGAAUUCCCCUAAUAUUUUCCCCUUCUUCACUUUGUGAAACCUGUAUUUGAUUCGCUGUAAGCUAGGACACCUAUUGUAAGAUACAGUUACACUAAAAUCUUUACGAUUAGGAUGAAUGUACAGCUAAGAUACGCCUAUUGACAUUCUUCUUCUUUUUUCCAGU